ACGAUUUCGACCAAUGGGAGCCAUCCACAUGUUUUGGAGUUGCGUGUUUGGCAGCGAGUUGUAAUCUGCUUGCCGCUGUAAUAAAUUAAAUUCACUGUUAAAGUUAAAUACUGUGAUAUGUGUGGUGUGUAAAAUCGGGUCGAAAUGCAAGCGUUCAGUUUAUUGAUUUUAAUUUUCGUCAGUUUGGCCGGCGUUACGUUGGCGGGCAGAGACUUUUAUAAAAUUUUAGGAAUAUCGAAAUCGGCCAGUUUGCAUGAUGUGAAGAAGGCCUAUCGAAAGCUCGCCAAAGAACUGCAUCCCGAUAAGAACAAGGACGAUCCUGAGGCGUCCCAGAAGUUCCAGGACUUGGGGGCCGCUUAUGAGGUGCUGUCAGAUGAGGACAAACGCAAGAAGUAUGACAGGUGCGGCGAAGACUGUUUGCAGAAGGACGGUAUGAUGGACGGUGGUAUGGAUCCGUUUGCCAGUUUCUUCGGCGAUUUCGGCUUCAACUUUGGCGGCAACGACAAACAUGAAACACCCAAAGGGGCUGAUCUGAAGAUGGACAUUUACGUCACUCUUGAAGAUCUGUACACAGGAACUUUCAUUGAAAUUACAAGAAACAAGCCAGUUAUGAAGGCUGCAAGUGGUACAAGAAAAUGUAACUGCAGGCAGGAAAUGAUAACUAGAAAUUUGGGGCCAGGCCGAUUCCAAAUGAUGCAACAAACUGUGUGUGAUGAAUGUCCUAAUGUCAAAUUGGUGAAUGAAGAAAGAGUUUUGGAAAUGGAAGUUGAACCUGGCAUGGUUGAUGGACAAGAAACAAGAUUUGUGGCUGAAGGUGAACCACAUUUAGAUGGUGAUCCAGGUGAUUUAAUUCUGAAGAUCAAAACGCAACCUCAUGCAGUAUUUGAAAGGAGAGGAGAUGACUUAUACACUAAUAUUACAAUAUCAUUACAAGAUGCUCUGACUGGCUUCUCUAUGGAACUUAAGCAUUUGGAUGGUCACAUGGUCUCUAUUGUUAGGGACAAGAUAACUUGGCCUGGUGCUAGAAUCCGUAAGAAGGGUGAAGGCAUGCCCAACUACGAAAACAAUAAUUUGCAUGGCAUCUUGUAUGUUACAUUUGAUGUGGAAUUUCCUAAACAAGAAUUGUCUGAAGAACAAAAAGAAGAAAUCAAGAAGAUUUUGAACCAAAGCUCAAAUAAUAAAGUCUAUAAUGGACUUAGGGGGUAUUAAUGUACACUAGUGAACUAGAUAAUGUUUUGUAAAUAUUCUGAAAAAAGACUCUCAUUAUAAGUUUGUAUAUUUAUUUAAAUAUUUAUUAUUUGCCCAAUUAUGUAAGGAAAUAUGUCCAGGCACCGCCUGUAAAAUUGUAAAAUAUCCAUACUGAAAAAACAGUGUUUUUUAGCAUUUUUUAUUUGUGAUAAUUUGAAUAUUUGUAACCAUGCACGGUUUUCUAAAUGAAUUUGUUUACCAUGACUGUAUAUUAAAAAUUAAAAUAUU